AUGGCGGGCGCUUGGUCGUCCAACUGUUGCAGAGGCUCAUCUACCGGUUGUAUGUGCUGCAACAAGGGCAAGCGGAACGACUCGUUGCUGUUGGGCAAGCGGCUCUCCGAAGAUUCGAGCCGCCAACAGCUGCUGCAGAAGUGGGAGAGCAUGUGGAGCUCUACAAGCGGGGACGCGUCGGAGGGCGACACAGAGAAGGAGCGGCUGGAGGAGGCAGCGGUGGCAGAGGAGAAGCCGCUGGUGUUUCUGUGCUCCGGCUGCCGGCGGCCGCUGGGCGACUCGUUGAGCUGGGUGACCAACCAGGAGGACACCAACUGCAUCUUACUGCGCUCUGUUUCCUGUAAUGUUUCUGUGGAUAAGGAACAGAAGCUGUCUAAACGUGAAAAGGAAAACGGUUGCAUUCUUGAGACUUUGUACUGUGCAGGGUGCUCACUAAACCUUGGCUACGUAUAUAGAUGCACUCCCAGGGAUCUUGACAGUAAGAGAGACUUGUUUUGCCUCAGUGUUGAAGCCAUUGAAAGUUAUAUUUUAGGGUCCGCUGAAAAGCAGAUUGUGUCAGAAGAUAAAGAACUUUUUAAUCUUGAAAGCAGAGUUGAAAUAGAAAAGUCUUUAAAACAGAUGGAAGAUGUCUUGAAAGCAUUACACAUGAAGCUGUGGGAAGUUGAAUCAAAACUGUCCUUUGCCGGUUCUAAAAGCUAAACUACUCUCUCUGUCCCUUGUCCUGC